AUGAUAACGAACAUCUCAUCACAAGUCGUGGAUGGUCGCCUUGUAUGUCAUUUCACUCAGCAGCUCGUCCCACAGAUUGACAGAAAAAAUGGUCUCGUAUGGAGUUUGGAUAAGGAAUACUACAUUUUGGGAGCUACUGGAUCUGCACAACCGGAUGAAGUAAAUGCUCACGACAUGAAUCGAGGCUCACAUUUUUAUCCAAUCGUCUCUUCUGCGAAAAUCAACCCUUCACAACUGAGUCUGGUUAAGUACGACACCCCUCUCAGCACCAAUGUAAUUUCGAAGGAAAAAGUCUCGAUUGACCAAGAAAGCCCAGAGUCCAUGAAGCCUGAAGCAGAUGAAGUAGCUCCAACUACAGCAGCUAUGACCACUACGGUCACAUAUGCUCCACCGGAGAACUCGUCCACUUUGAAGAAUUUUUUCCAUUCCGCAGUGGUUCUAUCACUGCUUCGGCUACUGUAA